UCAUUGCGAUUACAUUUACAAACAAUUACUGCAUGUUAGCCUACACGCAAGAACUAUCUGAGUUUCUGUAUAAAUAAAUAAUUAGAUCAUGACUGAAGGAACGUGUGAUUUAUACUUUUAGAAUUAGAACUGUUGGUAAAAUUCAAACGCAAGAUGUGGAAAGUAAUGAAAAAACUAAUUAAUGACACGGACAAUGAGGAUGAAGUUAAACCGGAAUGUAGUUCCGGCGCAAAAAUUAAGGUUAUACAGGAAGAAAAAAGUACUGUCAAAAAUACACCAGUACCGGAAGCAUUACCAGCUCGGACUCGGACUCCGAUGGGAAGCUAUAUAGUUCCAGAAGGAGGCAAGCAUCUGACAUCACUUGCUAUUUCCUACCCCGGACCCUCGGACUACCUACCUAAAAUUGGAAUCACCAAACAGGCUGCACCGCAGUAUUCGCUCGUCGGCAGGCCAAAACGACAACCUGCAACUCGUGACAUUCCCGGACCAUUUAACUACAACUGUUCAGGGGAUUUGAUAUGGAAGAAAAAGAAAGUCACUCUAAAAGGUCGAGAAAAGAGUCAAUUUGACAGAGAAGCUAAUAAGUCUGCGAGUGUACUCGGAAAGUACAAAGUGGAAUACCGGUCGGUUGGUAAAGACGGUCCCAAGUUCAAGAUGGGCACUAGAGCUGACAGCAAGAUAGUCCAGGGUCCAGUGAACAGAUUAGUCCAGCCUGUAGAUACAAAAGGUUUUGAUACCCCUGGACCUAACUACAGACCAAAUUCAAGUUACUGGGGUCGCGGACCUAAAAAGUCAUUUGGCGGCAGAUUUAAUUUAAAAACGAAUGUCACAAAAGGACCUGGUCCCGGCGAUUAUGAAGUACCGACAAUACAUCGAGGCCCCUCCCAUUCAUUUGGGAUAAAAUUACCAGAACCAGUGUCUGUACAACAAGGUGUUAACAAGUUUAGCCCUGCAGCUAACACCUACGAUAUCGGUACAACUAUCGGCAAAGCUCCGGCUAUCUCUAUAGCAGGCAGGUGUAACACGUGCCCGUCAGAAUCCAAGGUUCCAUGCCCAACAAAAUAUACUCCUGUGUACAAAUGUGCAAACGACAAGUAUAAAGCUGUGACUCUAACUUAUAGAUGGUUCGAAACUGACGAGGACUCAACGCAACCAGGUCCUGCAGAUUAUAAUGUGAAGCACGUGAAUUUAAAGAAGAACCCAAGUUACACGUGCAGGCAACGUGUGAAACCGUCAUAUCCGAAUGCAGGCACAUAUGAUGAAGCGGCCGGAGAUAUGCCUGGUCCAGGUUCCUACAAUCCGUCCAGAGAAAUCACCGAAAGCAACAAACCUGCUUACAGCUUGGGGAAAAGACUUGAAACUGUCUCAAACAAGGAGAAUAUUCCUGGACCUAACGCUUAUUUACCACAAAAGCUAGAUAAGCCAGGCAGCAAGAAGGCGCCUUCAUUCAGCAUGGCUAAACGGCUUAUCGCGCCAAAUAGCAGGAAGGACUACCCGGGACCGGGUGAAUAUUCUCCAAACUCAAAGAUUUACGAGACAGAGAAAGGAAAAUAUACAAUAGCAUCACGACUCAGACGAAAGGAGUCAUAUGUGAAUCCGGUGGCACCAAAUAUGUAUACGUUACCAGAGCUGCUUUCUGGCAAAAAGAAGGGCGUGGUCUUCAAGUCCCGACCGAGCCCGUAUGUAUACUCUGGAUUCCGCACCAACAAUAUCGAGGAACCUAGAAGCCUGCCACCGCUAGUGAAAUGAUUAUCUUGGAUUUGAAACUAUUUUUACUUGCAUAACAAGCAGUAUCUUUUUUACUUUAUGAAGAAAUAAAUUAAAACUAGUUUUAUUCUAA